AUGCAAAUGAAGCAAAAGCCUUCUGUGUGGCUAAAUGAUUUUGUUGGAGAAAAUUUUAACAGGAAUGUAAAGCAAAUGUGGGAACUUUUAGGGGAUGAUCAAGUCUGCAUAAUUGGCGUACAUGGAAUGGCAGGAGUGGGUAAGAUAGCCCUAGUAACUUAUAUUGAGAAAGAUAUAACCAAUCAGGGCAGUUUUAAACAUGUCUUCUUUGUCAAUGUCUCCCAAGUAUUUAGCACUUUUAAAUUGCAAAAUGACAUUGCAAGUAGAAUAGACAUGAUACUUGUUGAAGAUGAUGAGAGAAUCAGAGCUCAAAAGUUGUCCUUAGAGUUGGAAAGAAAAGGAAAAUCAGUGUUUAUUUUGGAUGAUUUGAAGGAAGGCUGGGAGUUAUUUUUGCUGAAGCUUUGGAACCGUGUAAGCCCUGCAAAUCUUCCCCAUGAAGUAGAGAAGAUUGCAAGAUCAAGUGCCAAGGAAUGUGAUGGUUUACCUCUUGGGAUCAAUGAGAUGGCUAGAACCUUGAAAGGCGUAAAUGACAUCCGAUGGUGGAGAAAUGCAUUGAAUAAACUUCAAAAAUCAGGAAUGGAAGAAAAGCUCUUCAACUUGCUAAAACUUAGUUCCGAUUAUUUAACUGACAACAUGCAGAAUUGUUUCUUCUCUUGUGCAUUAUACCAUGGAAUUCGGAGGAAAACAUUGGUUUUGAAGCUCUAUGAUGAGGAACUGAUUAGCGACACAAUGUCUAACUUGAGGUCACUUAUCUCUCUGCUACUUGGAGGAUGCAAGUCACUGGCAUUUGUGCCUCCGUUAGGACAGCUACAGACAUUGUCUAGGUUGGACAUUUCAGGAACUUCCAUUGAGGAAGUACCACGAGGUUUGGAAAAGCUAAUCAACUUGAAAUGGCUUGCUUUAUCUGAGAAUUACAGCUUGAUAUUGUUACCAGGAUCUGUGCUACCUGGUUUAACCAGUAUAAAAUACCUUGAUAUCCGCUAUAAUUAUGGUUUAGCAAAGGUAAAUGCAGAAGAUGUACAAGGAAUGAGCAUGUUAGGACAUUUUUCAGGCAGUUUUCAUGAUUGUGAUAACUUCAAUAAUUAUGUGCAAGCAACCUUGGACAGAGGUAGUCGCCCUAAAUCUUAUUAUCUCCAUUUGGGAAUUGGUCCUGGAUACUUUUUGGAUUAUUCUUAUGACUGUAACUUUCUCACAAAUGAUGAGUGCCGCAUUGUGAGUUUUGGGGACUGCACAAAAUUAGAUCAUAUGCUUAACAGAUAUUGCAAGGUUAUUAAUCUCCAAAACCUUGAGUCUUUGAAUCUUCAAAAUUUGGAAAGCUUAGCUGUCAUAUGGAAGGAAAACGAAGGUCUCCAAAUGCCACAAGAUAGAGAAAUUGCUGACAAUUGGGCCCCUGCUACAGCUUAA